ACAAUAGAUGUCUCCCUCGAGGCCACCGACAUCCUAUCGAAUAACAGCAACCACCACUUGGUGGUCUCACCAUAUACAGAGAAAGAACACCUUCUUGAUUUGAGAACUCUGGACAAGGAGAACGCAUUUUUAGCAAGGGCAUUGGUGCACUUCAGGAGUCUACGACCCGACUAUGCCACGGCCCCCUACACAGAAACCUUCAAUUGGGAUGAGGUCAUUGGAGAGUUGACAAGGUUGGUGCGUGAGGAGGGAUACCGGUGGAGGGAGACUUCCUUCUACAUUGUCGCUUUCCGCUCACAGAUCCCACCGACUACGGUGUAUUCGGAGCUCGGUGUUUUGGACAAAGCAGCGCACGCCGAGGCGACAGCAAGUGGUGGAUUCCUCAAGUACUGGUUUGGUACGCCAGAUAAGGACGGAAGGAACCUUGCUACUUGCGUCUGGCGCUCACAGGAAGAUGCGAGACAGGGUGGUGUCGGCCCGGCUCACCGCAAAGCUGCAGGUGCGGCGCGCCAUCUGUACACGGAAUGGCGAAUCGAUAGACACCGUCUUAUCAUCCGUGAUGAUCUGAAGAGCUGGGAGGUUGUCAAUUGGGUCGACUGA